GUACAUGAUGCCAGUAAAUAAGCAACCAUAUCUUUUGCCAUAUCUUCUACCAACUUGAUAUAAAAGCAAGAUUGACGGAAUUGUCAUCAGACUAUUUCUCGGCAUUUUAUACUGUUACUCGUGUUAAGGAACAAAAGAGACGGUAGUUUUUUGUGCAUAUAUUAAUAUUAUAUUAGUGACUUAUUUCAUAUAAAAAUACUAUGUUUAUCAAUUAAUUAAUUGUCUCUCUCUUUCAUUAUAUUUCGAUUUUAUAAAUUAUUAUUUUUCUUUUCGGAUAAUUUUACUUCGACUUAUUAAAGGGUGAAAAAAUAUGACCAUGCAAUCCGUGAGGCAAAGGUUCUUCAAUAUUGUAAAAGAAUCGGAAAAGAGGAGAUUCUUGACUACCCAGCAAGUGAUCGAUCGCGACAACAAGUACGGCGGUAUACACUUCAAAACGCUACCGGUUGUGCUAUCCCGUGGAGAAGGGGUCUACUUGUGGGAUAUUGAUGGAAAGCGUUACCUUGAUUUUCUGGCGGGAUUCUCGACUGUCAGUCAGGGCCACUGCCAUCCGCGUCUAGUGAAAGUCAUGAGAGAUCAAGCUGGAAAGCUGGCGCAUACAUCAAGAGCCUUCUACUCAGAACCUCAAGGCGAAUUAGGAGAAUACUUGACGAAACUUUUGGGAUGGGAUCGGUUUUUACCUAUGAACACAGGUGUCGAAGGUGGCGAUACAGCCAUAAAAUUGGCCAGACGCUGGGGCUACAGAAUAAAGAAAGUGCCGAGUAACAAAGCUACCGUUGUGUUCGCUAAUGGAAAUUUUUGGGGCCGUUCAUUGGCGGCUUUGUCGGCCUCAUCGGAUCCAAACUGUUACAUAGAUUUCGGUCCUUAUGUACCCCUUUUUGAGAAAGUGCCAUACAAUGACCCGGUUGCUUUGGAGCAAAAAUUCCAAGAGAAUCCCAAUAUCUGCGCGUUCAUGAUGGAACCUAUUCAGGGAGAAGCUGGUGUAAUAGUGCCAACUGAUGGUUAUUUGAAACGUGUAAGAGAACUGUGCACAAAAUACAAUAUUUUAUGGAUAGCCGAUGAGGUGCAAACUGGCCUCUGCAGAACUGGUACGCGUUUGGCAGUUGAUUACGAAGGUUAUAGACCGGAUAUCCUUAUUUUGGGGAAAGCACUUUCCGGUGGUAUGUACCCGGUAUCUGGCGUUCUGGCGGAUGAUGAGAUAAUGCUCUGUUUGGAGACGGGUUCGCAUGGAAGUACCUUCGGUGGGAGUCCGCUUGGAAAUAGGGUUGCCCUGGAGGCGGUUAAAAUCUUGGAAGAAGAGAAUUUGGCGGAGAACGCAAAGAGACUCGGGAAUAUUCUAAAAGAAGAGCUGAGUAAGCUGCCGAAGGAAAUCGCGACGGAAUAUCGUGGACGUGGUCUUUUGGCUGGCCUCGUCAUCAACAAAGAGUUUGCUGAUGGUUGGGAUAUCUGUUCGAAGCUGAUAGAUGCUGGAUUGUUGUCGAGACCUGCGCACGGUCAAAUUAUUAGGAUAUCACCACCAUUAACAAUCACGGAAGAGCAACUACGAGAAGGCAUAAAUAUUCUAAUUACAGUCCUAAAAAGUUACAUGUAAAGGAUAUAAAAUUUCGUCAAAAUUACAUGAUAACCAUAUUUUUAGCAAGUAAAAAGUUGUUUUAUUAGCAAGUAAAACAUUGUUUUUGUUCAUUAUCUAAUUUACUCCAAGAAAAGCUCGUUUAAGAUUUCAGAUUUUAUUUUAUUCUUCAAUAGAGCAUGAAGACAAUAAUUAAGAAAAUAAAAAUAAUAUUUAAUUAUAUGAAUAUAGAUUUAAGAAAACCUUGCAAUUAUAAAAUAUGUUUUUACAAUAGCCAUUCAUUUUUCUAUGUACAUAAUAUGUAUAUAGAAAACACAAUUUUUUAUGUACAUAUAAAUUACAUUUAUCAAAUAAAUUAUAUAUGUGAUUC